GGCGGCGGAGGCGGCGACGGGAAGGGCUCGGCAGCGCCAUGGCGGAGGAAGUCCAAAAGCAUUCUGUGCACACACUUGUGUUCAGGUCUUUGAAGAGAACCCAUGAUAUGUUUGUAGCUGAUAAUGCCAAACCCAUCCCAUUAGAUGAAGAAAGUCACAAAGUGAAAAUGGCAGUGAAGCUGCGUACAGAGUACGGCUCAGUGUUGCACAUGCCGACUCUCAAAGAGAACUUGAGAGAGAAAGGAGGUGCGAACACUGGGGAUCCAUAUGGACACAAACAGUACUCUGGAAAUCAAGGGCAAGAAGUUGAGUAUAUGGUAACUGGUACACACCCAUACCCACCCGGGCCUGGUGUGGCUUUGACAGCAGAUACUAAGGUCCAGAGGAUGCCUAGUGAAUCUGCAGCGCAGUCCUUGGCUGUAGCACUUCCUGCUUCUCAGUCCAGGUUGGAUGCAAAUCGGACAGCUGCUGGUGUGGGUGAUGUUUACAGGCAUGCUGGAAUAUCCGAGCGUUCACAGCCUCCUGGGAUGUCCGUGGCUAUGGUGGAAGCUGGUGGAAACAAAAAUUCUGCAUUAAUGCCAAAGAAGGCUCCAACCAUGCCCAAACCCCAGUGGCAUCCACCUUGGAAACUGUACAGAGUAAGUUACAAAUUAUAUGACAUGAACAUGCAUAUAAAAGUGAGAGAAUAUUUUAUGUUCUGUAAAGACCUCAAAGCAUAAUUUUUCUUCUCAUUC